UUUGCUGAAACUCCCAUUGAAAGGUGCCACUGAAGAAUCGAUCGUCAAUCCGAUUGAUCUCACCAAAAUCAAGGAGAACAUCGGCACGUACACCAGUUUCGAACAUUUUCUCGCCGACAUCCAGUGGAUCGUUCACAAUUGCUUCAUCUUGUUUCUUGACAAUCACGAGCAGAUGGAAAUAGCCAAAUCACUGGUGGAUUACCUCGAAGGAGAGAUAGAAAUGUUGAAAAAGUGCGCUGGAUGCUAUUCGAAUGCAUACAACUAUCCCAACACAUGGUUUACGAUGGCUUAUAAUGAAGUACAUCUCAUUGUUUGGGCCAGAAAAAUUGGCUUCAACUUUUGGCCCGCAAAAGUGAUUGCUAUCAACGGUGAACUGGUCCAUGUACACUAUUUUGGCGAUCAUAAAUAUGCUGAUGUACCGCCCGCUAAUUGCUUCUUGUACUCCAGCAGUAACCCGAAUAGAUCACGCAGGACAUCGACCCCGUUCAAGUGUGCAUUGAAUGAAGCCAAUGAAUACAUGAAAAACAUUCGUCAAAAGUUCGGUUCGUAUCAUUUGUUUGAGGCGAAAACAGCCUUCUAUCCAAAGCUACUAGGCGAGUAUAUCGUGCAAGCGAUUCCAAAGUUGGCUGGGUCACAGAUGUUAGAAUCGAUAAAGUCCAGUCUUCGAACAAAUUUAGUGAUUUCAUCGGUCCAAAUGGAUGCCAGCAUGUCAGAACAGCCCAUCUCAACGGCUAGCAUUGAUGAUUUAAGCUGGAAACAUUUCAGUAAACGUCCUGAUCAAAUGGUCACAGUCAAAACGGAGCCUGCCAAGAAAAAAGUUGAUUGUAUCGAUCAGUCGUUGGCCGAAUUGGAAGAAGACAUCGAAAUUAAUGCAAUGAAUAUGGCGAAAUUAUCGCAGGCUCCAACAAACAUUGACAACAAUCGAAAUAAUACAAUCUCCAGCCCGAUGAGUGUUUCGAACCAUUCGUUCAACGUCUUUCAUUCGAACCAAAGUGUCCAGCAACUUGAACCUGCCGAAACGGGCGGAUUCAAUGACAUCACCGAAAUUCCGAAUAAAAUGCGACGACUCGCUACAAGUCGCACUCCCGUUUCCAACAGUACUUCCGUUUCAAAUGCCAACCAGUUUGACCAAGAUCACGAAUCAUCAGCCACUGAGUUGAAGAAACUUGACGAAAGUAUCGAAAAUAUGAAAAUGUUUAGAAACAGUGUAAAUUUGCAGAUAUUAACCAAUCAAACACUGCGCCACGAAUUGGAAACGUUGAAAAAAUUGCAUGUUGAUUGUGAGGCAAAGAAUAAUGGCCUGAUUCAGCAAUUGAACGCUGUAUGUGCCGAGCGUGAUAACGCCAAUUUAGCUGAAUCAGUUGCAAAGAACGAAUUGGCAAUGGUAAAAGCGGAGCAUGCCAACGAAAUAAGGGCAAUGAAGAAGGCGCACGAUGAAGCCGCCAAAACCGCCAAGGUGCGAAUUGAAAUGUUGCAACAAGAUAAAGAAGGUUUGCGCAAAGGGCUAGAGGCCAGUCAUACCACCAUGUUGGAAUUUCAAAGGAAACUGGACGAAAAUCACUACCGUGAAUUGAGUGAAUUGCGCAAAGUGCACGACGACCAAUUGCAACGUGCUUUGGCCGAGAUUGAAACAUUGAAGACAGAAGUCAAGCAGAAGACUGACAUCGAAGCACAGCUCAAGAAAAAAUGCGAGCAUAUUGUAAACCACUUUAAAGCCAAAGUCGACAGUCUAUGUGGUUCAACGUUCGAGCAGCUAUGGCAGAAUGAAUGAAUUCAGUUCAUAUUAAAAAUGUAAUCGUUGUUUCAUAACACUCACUUACAAUGAAUAAAACUGUAUUUUGUGGUUUCACACACAUUCUUAUCGAA